CAGUGCCGGGCCGGGCGGCUGCGGGAGGAGGAAGCAGCCGGCGCGGCAGGACAGACGGGACGAGCCCAGGGGCCGGAGCGGGAGCCAUGGAGGACGGAGUCUAUGUGCCCCCAGACCUGACCCCCGACGAGCGGCUGGAGCUGGAGAACAUCCGGCGGCGGAAGCAAGAGCUGCUGGUGGAAAUCCAGCGGCUGCGGGAUGAGCUAAGCGAGGCCAUGAACGAGGUGGAGGGUCUGGAGGUGAAUGAGGGCAGCAAAACCCUUCAGAGGAACCGGAAGAUAGGGAUGGGCCGCAAGAAAUUCAACAUGGAUCCUAAAAAGUUCCUAUGGAGCUUCCGCCUGCCCGGGGAGGCCCAGAAGAUCGACCGCAUGAUGGAGGCCUUUGCCCAGCGUUACUGUCUCUGCAACCCCGGCGUCUUCCAGUCCACAGACACCUGCUACGUGCUCUCCUUCGCCGUCAUCAUGCUGAACACCAGCCUGCACAACCCCAAUGUGCGGGACAAACCCACCGUGGAGCGAUUCAUCACCAUGAACCGGGGCAUCAACGACGGGGGCGACCUGCCCGAGGAGCUGCUGCGGAACCUGUACGACAGCAUCCGGAACGAGCCGUUCAAGAUCCCGGAGGACGACGGGAACGACCUGACCCACACGUUCUUCAACCCGGACCGGGAGGGCUGGCUGCUCAAGCUGGGUGAGAGCGGGACCCCCCGGACCCCCACACCCACUGAUCCCCACCCCCGCGAUCUCUGCAUGCCUCUGCGCUCUCCUCUCUCUGUGUCCCACCGACCCCCCGCUGUGUCCUCAAAGCACCGACCUUCCUUCCGCACCUGCAGGAAUACUCCCCCUGCCCCGGCUAGGACACCUGGGUCCAUACCCCCAACCCAGCCUCGGCUAGGACACCUGGGUCCAUCCAUCCCCCCACCCCCACACACACACACUUCCCCCCACACACAAACACCUGGGCUAGGACCCUCCCCCCCCCAAUACAGCCCCAUUUCAGCUAGUGCUCCUCGGUCUGCCCCACUCCCACUCCAGCCCCCCCAGCCUUGGCUAAGGCUCCUGGGACACACACGCACCCCAGCCUCAAUCAGGAUUCCUGGGUCCCCCAUAGCCCCCUACCCUAACACCCAGCCUCAGCUCGGCUCCUGGGUCCGUCCGCCCACCUCCAGCCUUCAGUUGGCCCCGGUCUACCUCUGUCCCUGCCCUGCGCGCUGGGCCUCCCCCAAGCCGCCUGAGUCCGACUCUGCUUCCUUCCCCAUGGGGGCUUUGAGGGCACUGCCCCCCCCAACUCCACUCCCCCCUCCCAAAGUUGAAUGUACUGGGGUAGGGGGUUACACAACUAUAGGGGGAGCUCCUCCCCCCGCAAUGUGAGCCCUCACCCCAAAGGCAUUGGGACACCACUUUGCAGCACCCCCUGUUUCGAGGUAGGUGCCCCCAGACUAGCGGGCCCAUGAGGGGUCAGGAUGGGGGUUGCACAGACCCCAAGCAGCUCAGUCAGAGGCACAGGCUGGAUUUGGGGGGUUCUGGGGGGAUUGAGGUUUGGGGUCACAGGUGGGUAGUGGGAAGGUGGAGAAAGCUG